AUGGGGUGGUUUGGAAGUCAAGAUUUGUCCACCAAGUUUGGCAUCGUACUUGGUAGUGCUAUUGUAAUUGUAUUGGCCGCUGGCCUGAUUAAAGUAUGGUACAAUAAACGAAGACUUGCAAAAAAUAUAAAGAUUGAGGAACUCGAAAAGGCAAAUAGUACUCAAGAGAGACUUAAUGUAGAGGAACUCGGUGAAGGUGAUCUCUUUGGUGUUCGCGCAAUCGAAAGAGGUUUCUUUGGAGGCGUCUCACAAUCUAGAAGCAAUUCUCCUGCUCAAUCGAUGUUCGGACCACCAUCAACAACUGCUGUAGACUUGUCAGAGGCUACCAGAAAUCUUGAGGCCAUCAGAGGUCCAUCAACAGCUAGCAGUAGCAGUGGAGAUAGCCUGUCGAGACAUUCCAGCGAGAUUUCUGCUCCUAAAUCUAUCAAGCAUAAACCUUCGCCUCUUCGCUUACAGCCUUCUGAUGCGGAAAUCAGACGCGCUGCGAUGCAUAAUAGAGCAGGUUCAUAUAUACCGCCACCACCAAUCAAGGAAGUUCAAUCGAAACCAGACUCGCCUGAUGUUCAAUCCGGCACACGUUCAGUUUCUGAGUCUCCUCCUAUCAGAACUCAAUCAGAUGAGGAUAUGUCUCAGUUACGAUACGAAGGGGAAGUUCCACGCAACUUUAUGUUUUUAGCAGGUCAACAUUCAAGCGUUAGGUCUCAAGCUGGGUCCAUAUACGGCAGUGCCGAAUCAUCACCAAGAAACCCAGCCAAGAUUCCCAAAAUUCCCACACCUCCAGCUCCAACCCAUGUAUUUGGCUUCCCUCCUAGAUUCCCCGCACGAUCACGAUCUAGCUCCCCAGAGGAAUCCUCCAGCAGUGACAGAUCCUCAUCUUCAUCUCCCGAAUUACCCGUCCCAUCCAUCCCCUCCCCAUUCCGAACCUCCUACCAACCCAGCACACUGCCCGAAGAAAGCAAACCAGAAACCCCACAUAAACGCCUCUCCUACCAACCCACUCUCCCCAACGAAAUCCAAACCGAACAAGAACCCUCCCCAUCAUCCACCACGCGUCCACCUAUUCCCCCGCGCAGCCGCCCCGUCACCGGCCAACUAUCCCGCACCAACGACUCUAUCCGCAUUUCGCGAAAAUCCUCUCUUCAAACACAUGAACAUCGUUACUCGCGAGAUAGGGAUUUGAUGCACUAUGAUCCUACUACUGGGGCUUCGUCACGCAAUAGGAGUGGGAGUGUACAGGGGCGCGCGGUGGAUUUUGAUCGCCCGAGGGAAAGUCCGUUUAGUAAUUCUAAUGCGAUUGUGAGUGAGAAGGGGAGUGUGGGGAGUGUGGGGAGUCGGGGGAGUUUGGAUAGUGGGAGUAGUGGGAGUGAAGAGGGGGAUUGGAGAGCUGGGGGGAUGGGGAGGAAUAGGGCGGAGGAUAUGAUUGUGGAGGUUGAGACUCCGAUUAUGAGUCGUGGGCGCAGAGUUGAUGCUAGUGAUUUGGUUUAA